GGAUGCCGCCGCCGCUGUCGCAGCUGCUGCUGCUCCUGGCGGGCUUUACGCGUCUGGUGGAUGCGCAGGGCGACUGCAUGCCGCAGGGGUCGGUCGCCAUCUUCAUGGUGUACCAGGCGGAGAACCCCGACAGCGUCUUCUUCUCCGAGGACGGGUGCCUGGCGGGCGGUGGGCGGGGCACGGGAUGCUGCGCCGGCGCGCAGUGCAGGGUGUGCGAGCCCAACCAGGUGACCAGCGCGGGGGGUAAGCUCAUGCGCUGGAACUCGUGCCAGUGCGAACCCUGCCCGCCGGGGAGCGUGCAGUUCCGGGUGGGCCAGAACACGUGCAUCGAGUGCCCCGCCGGGUGGUACCAGCCCGUGGCGGGGCAGACCAACUGCAUACAGUGCCCGCCGGGGACGUUCAACCCGUCGCGAGGAAGGUCCGCGACGUGCAGCGAGUGUCCGCCCGGGACGUACUCCAAGUCCUCGAUCCUCGCGUAUCGCGAGGCCACGACCAAGCUGUACCGCGCGGCGGAUGGGACUGAGUUUGACGACUCGGCGGGAGCCACGUCGUGCACCGAGUGCCCGGCGGGAACGUACCAACCCUCGCCCAGAGGUCGCAACGCCGACUCGUGCUUACCGUGCCCCCCCGGGACGUACUCGAACCGCGGAGCGGCGGUGUGCAGCCCGUGCCCCGCGGGCACGUAUCAGCCGCACGAGGGCAUGGCCGGGGAGGAGGCGUGCCUGCCGUGCCAGGCGGGCAAGUGCUCCGACAGCGACGGCAGCGAGGACUGUUACCAGUGCUGCCCGAUCGCCAACCUCGCGUGCGACGCGUACAUGAAGCGCGCGCAGGGAUUUUACGGGACCCAGUGGUGGUACUCCAACGACGGCAAGACGGGGCAGGUACCCACGGACAGGUACUCGGAUUUCCUCAAGGCGCUUUGCCGCAGAGGCUGCACCAAGUUCGGCGUCGUCAACUGGUGCGUCACCGGGACGUGUUCCAUCACCGAGUGACGAACGCCGUCUAUCUUCAAUCUUCUCUAUAGUUUACAGCGGUAACUUAGCUACUAGCUCUAGCGUAGCCUAUUGAUGCGACACCCCUAAACCCUC